AAACCUGACUGGAUUUCAUGGCGGCGCUGGGGAUAGGGCUUGUUCUGUUGUUUACCUCAGCGGUUCAGGGAGCUGCUCCCGAUGUUUCGGGUGUAUCAGGAUGGAAGAAUCCUCUCUUGAACGGAGCUGUUCUUCAAGUUCCGUUUCAACUUGCUGCUUUCCCCCUCGACACUUUCAAGACCCGCCUUCAAAUUCCCUUCGGAGCACCGGGUGCCUAUCAAGCUUCUGAGAAGGCGUUCGCUGUCAGACGGGUAAAUGCCCGACAACCGCCGUUUUGGUCGGGAGUUGGAGCGUCCAGCCUUAGCCAGCUGCCUACCUUCUUCUUGGUUUACAGCACCUUUGAGGCCGUGAGGAACAAACUCGAGAAGAAGUUCCCAGAAGCGAACAAAGUUGCCAUCGAUGUCGGAGCAUCCAUGGUGGGCAGUUUGGUCGGCUCGGUAUGGUCCACCCCAUGUGAGGUGGUCAAGUGCACGUUUCAGAGCGGCAUGUACACUGCGUCUCUCAAGAGCGCCGUGCGGGCGAUCCAGAAGGAAGCAGGAAUGAGGGGCUUCUUUCAGGGAUACACCUCUCAGCUCUGCAGGGACCUGCCUUUCUACUCUAUCAUGUUCGCCACCUACGAGGCCAUGCAUGACACGUAUAGAUCGAAGUUCCUGACGUCCAAGGACAAGAAAGGUCGAGUGGUCAAGGUGGACGACACUCAAGACCUCGCCAACGUGGCCAUCGGCUUCUGUGCUGGAGCUUUUUCUGGGCUUAUCACCAAUCCCCUCGACGUGGCUCGA